AUGGAGCAGUAUCUGAGACGGCGAGAGAGCUGCUGGCUGCAUCAGCACCGACAUACGGGCGACGAGAAUUUUGUGAUGCGUCGCAUUUAUAGUUCCAUGGGCAUGUUCAACAGUUACCAUUCCAAUUGCAAGCCUGGCAGGGCUGGACUGGAUACCGGGGCUAUAUUUAAUCUGGAAUUCAAUGCUGAUGGCAACAUCGUGGUGGCCGCCACUCAACGCAAGUGUGUCCUAGUUUUUGAUGCAAUCACACAAAAAGAAAUCUUCAAGGUUCCCGACGCACACACCGAUAGCGUUAAUUGCAUCAAAUUCUUUGACGAUCGUCUGUUUGCCACGGGCUCCGAUGACUUUACCGUGGCCUUGUGGGAUCUGCGCAAUAUGAAACAGAAGCUGCGCGUCCUGCACGGCCAUUCCAAUUGGGUGAAGAACAUUGAGUACUCAUCAAAGGACAAACUGCUUGUUACCUCUGGCUUUGAUGGCAGCAUAUUCACCUGGGACAUCAAAUCGCAGACAGAGCAGGGAUUAAUCUCACAGCGUGUCUUCCAUGCCAGUGGAUUGAUGCGCUGUCGCAUCUCUCCAGCGGGCGAUAAGCUUGUUUUUUGCACAAGCAGCGGUUACAUUAUGAUUGUACAUCACUUGGACCUGACCACAUUACACAAAGAUCUGUGUGGAUUUAGGCCUGGAAUCUACAGACUCAUGCAGUUGGGCGAACAGUAUAUACCCCAAGCAGCUAAAUACGAUCAUGUGUUCUCGAAACGACAGAAAAAGAAUCGUGUGGAGUUGGUCACCGAUUUUCCGGAUCAGAAUGAUGCUGAAAUGAUAAUGACCCUACAGAUUCAUCCACAGUGCCGUUGCAUGCUCACGCGCAAUGUGAGCUGCGAUGAGCAGAGCGAAUGGACAUGUAUACACGAUAUUAACGAGGAGCCUGAACAAACAGACGACGAUGAGACCGGCGACGAGGACGAACCAUUGUCCAAGAAAAAGCGCACUCUACUGCCGCAACCCAGUGAGACUGAACCAACUGAGACGCCCGAGACGCGAUCACCCGCACGUCCAAUGCUACGUCGAUUUAUGCGAGCUAAUACGGUCCGAGUUAAUGGCGGAGCGCCGGUUGCUGGAUCCGAUAGUUUCAUACCGGACAUCUGGGCGGCGGAGGUGACUGUGCAGGAGCGGGCCAUACGCCAGAGCCGGGCACGUAACUCCAACAAUCAUGUCAGCGGCUACAACUUUGUGUACGCCAUCAGCAGCGGUGUCUUGCCAUUGAGAUCGUCGUUGGCCAAUCGUCUGUUAAGUGGAUCGGCGCGUACUCGCGCUGGACUGGGAGCCGAUCAGCGCAUUGCUCCGGCAGAAGCUGCAAACACAGCCGACACAAACACCAGUCGAAGCAGCAGCAGCAGCAGUAGUAGCAGCAAUGGAAGCAGCAGCAGCAGCAGUGACACCACCGUCAGCCUAGAGUUUGGACCACGUUUGCGGAUGCGACCGUUGAGUAACAUUUCGGCGGCAGCAGUUGCCUCAGCGGGAGAGAUUGGUGCGCAUACCAUACUGGUGAAUGCAAAGAAGCUACUCUACUAUGCCUCCGAGACCAACAACAAGCCGGGCUUUAUAAAGGAGCCGGGUUUCUCAGCCGAUGGCCGCAUCAUCUGCUCGCCUUAUGCCAACGGUGUUCGUUUGCUGGGUUACCAGGCGGACUGUAGCGAUUAUCCCAGCCAGCAAAUGCUCGAUCAGGUUAAGCAUAGUCCGCGACAGCUGGUGGAACUGGCCAACAUUAUUGAGCACCAGGAUGUGGUGCUCUGCGCCAAGUUUAGCCCCAAAGAGCCCCUUCUUGUGACUGGCUGCAAUGGAGGCGAGGUUGCCUGGUAUAGGCCAUGUCUCUAAUCCUAUCCACAUCUCUUCCCCACACUUUGUACAUUUGUUUUCUUUCAGCUCUAGACACGUUUGUGAACAUUCAAAUGUAAUUGACAACAAAUUAAACAAACUCUCACACACACACACAAUGAAUAAUUACAGUGUAACGAUUAAAUUAA